AUAGGACUCAGUAACUUAGGAAACACUACUGAGCCUUACUCUUUGUAAUUUUUCUCAUAGGCAUAAUAAAGCAGUGAAGAGAAACUGAAGAAAGCAUUACAUGCCUUACUGGUCAGAAAACUGUUUCUGAAGUAUUUGGGCAAACUACAUAUAUAUGUAGUAAAAUCUGCAAAGCAGGUUGAAGGUGUGGGGAGCAUGGGUUACGACAUUGAGCGCUUCGUGGGCUAUGUCAAUGAGGGGCUGCUGUGCUCCAUCUGCCGAGACGUGUUGGAGGAUCCGCUGCAGGCUCCCUGCGAGCACGCUUUCUGCACUGCCUGCAUCCAUGGCUGGCUUGUUCAUCACAGCAACUGCCCUGAGGACAGACAAGUCAUUGAUGUGUCUUUGCUACGACCUCUCUACAGAUAUAUGAAAAAUGAUUUAAACCGUCUUCAGCUGCAUUGCAGAAACAGAGAGUAUGGCUGUGAAAUGGUUUGUUCUCUGGAGUCUAUAGACAGGCAUGAAAGGGAGUGUGAGUACAGUCAGAUACCCUGCUCCAAUGCUGAUGCUGUCUUGCCUUGCUCCCCCUGCUCAGGUUGCACGGUGCAGAUCGAGCGGCGUAACCUGGACGGGCACCUGGCGGUGUGCGAGUACCGGAGCCGCGAGUGCCCCAACGGCUGCGGCUUCACCAUCCUCAGCGCCGAGGACACGCAGCACAACUGUGUGGCAGAGCUGAGGACUGAGCUGGAGCUGCUUCGGUCAGAAAUGAUCUGCAGAGUGGAGGAGGCAAAACAUGAGAUGGAGUCGAGGUUAGAUUCACAGAGAAGGCAUAUGGUCCAAAAAGAGAGUAUUCUGCAAAAUGAAAUUGAAGAACUAAAGAGUCAGAUGUCACGUCUGAUGUCAGAUGUGCGGUCUCUGAUGGCUGCAGAGAGGCAGCACCGCCAAGAGCUGGAGCAGGCAGAGCUGGAAAAGCGGGAGUUAAUGGAGCUGCUGAAGGGGCUGCAGAAGGACUGCAGAUUGACCACUACAGAGGGAAGCAGGAAGUCAAAUUUCCGUCCUUUGACACGACUAGAGAGUGUGAAAAGAAAACCUAGGGAAGUUACUGUUAUCUAAAUAGUACUAAGCUCAAAAAGCAUUUUCUUCAAAUACUGGCUUCUGGCAAACUACUUUCUUUGAAUGAUUGGCAAACUUUAUAUAAUUUCUGAUUUACUUCGGGUUUUUUAAGUCUAAAUUAGAACUGUAUUUCCUUUGGGGCCAUAAAAACAAACAGAAGAUUUUUUCCCCGAGGGAAUACUGGUCAUUAAAACCAGUAAUUGGAAGACAUCAUUUUAGCUAAUGUUUUUAUAGAAAGGGAAAGGAGACUUGUUCUCUCUUUACUGCAUCACUUACAGGAAUUUUUCAAGACUGAAACUACAGCCUUUUAAAGUCAAAGAUACUGAGUAUUAUGGACCAGGAAGAAAAAGGCAUUUCAGUAUCUCUUUUUGAAACAAAAAAGCAAAUGUGACCAUUUGGGAUGUACUUAAUUUGGGGAAAAGUGAAUAGUAGAAUUAGUAAGUCAGUAAUAGAAAUUAAUAAGAUUUUGUUUGUUUGUGGUCAGUAGAAAGUCUUAUUUCAAAGGUGGAAAGCAAGCACUUUAAAUUGUAAUUCUUCUAUGUAACAGCUUUGGGUGAGGUUGACUGUUGCUUUAGAGCUUCUUCUCAUUUCUGAGGCUGAUAACACACUUAAGAGACUAAUACUGAAGCCUGAGGUAGUAGAAUAACCUUUAAACAGAUGUGUGAAUAACUUUGAGUUUGUGGGAAUGGAUCUGCUUCUUACUUAAAAUUUUGAAGCUUUUGUAUGUGAAACUAUCAGGUAUUUCUACAGGAUCUUUUAAGCAUAAGACCAGUCAUUUGGUACUCAAUGUCUUUAAAGUAUAUAUAGAUACCUCGAGUAUCCUUAA